ACCACUUCCGCUUCAAAUCGCCCAGCGCUGGAGUCAGUGAUGGCGUCUCUUUGCGUUAUAAACGACUUUAUUUCUGAUCGGCUGGCAGCGGUUGCAAUUGAGAUUUUUGCGGUGGUAGAAAAAACAUUAUUAGUGUAUCAGGAAGAAAUCAGGCGCUCUAAACAGGAGCUAGAUCAUCUGAAGAUACUGCAGCUCUUUCAAAAUCAUGCAGAAACCCAUCAGGCCAGUCUUCCUCCUUGCUGUAUUGAGACUUCUCCGCCCUCCUGUGAGAUCCAGGAGCAGCAACAGACCAAUCAUAUUAAAGAAAAGCAUGAAGAGGGAGCUGAUCAGCGAGAGAUGCUCCGCGAGGUGAAGUUUGAAAGCAAUGGUAACACACUGUUACAAAACAUAAAUGGCAGUGAGGAUUCCCAUCUGCCCUUGCGUGACACCAUAACUAUUGCUGAGUACAGUCCCAUCCCUGCAGCAGUGGACAUCAAAUCUGAACCCGGUAAUGAUGAACGUGCCACUUCUCCAUCAAGCAGAGAGGUGAAGAUCUCCUGUGAUGUUAAACCUGAUUGUUCUGGAUUACAGCAAGAAGCCCUGAAAGAUCCUCUUGAGGCGGACAGACCCAGUGAUCAGAUGUGCGCUGAUCCAGAUUGGCACCCCUGUCAGGACGACAACGCUCCAGGUCCCGAAUCAGUUAAAGAAGAAAAAGUGACGCUGACUGGUCCUGUGGAAGAGAUUACGUGUGAUGGCAAACACUCUUUCCAUUCAAACACGAUGGCUUAUGAUGAGCCUCCAAGUUCAGACCAAAGCCAAGACGUUAAUCAAAGGCACGGAAGAGUUUACACAACAGAGGAACAGAGUAAAGAAGGAUUGGAACCGUCUGGCCUGACAAGAGACUCUGUGCACUUCUACUCAGUGGCUUCGGCGUGUGUACCUCCAUCUGAAUAUAGGGAGAAUACAGGAAAAUGCUUUAUAGCUCUCUCACUGAAAGAACUCAGGCUGAGGAACAGACAAAAAUCCAUCACGCGCUGUCUAGCAAGAAGUGGGACACCAGCUAAAGAAGGCGCAAGCAGUGCGUUCAAUCAAAGACGACACAUGUGUUCGAUCUGUGGAAAGUGUUUCAGAGACUCCAGCCACUUGAGGGAUCAUGUGAGAAUCCAUACAGGAGAGAAACCAUUCCAGUGUCAGAAAUGUGGCAAGAGCUUCAGGCAGCGUGGGACUUUGAAUUUGCACACGAGAAUCCACACAGGAGAACGGCCCCAUGAGUGCAGCGACUGUGGCCGCCGCUUCUUCAGAAAAUGUGACAUGGAUUCGCACAAAGUGACACAUACUAGGGAAAAACCCCACGUGUGUGUCACAUGUGGGAAAAGCUUUCAAAGAAAACACAGCUUAAACGUCCAUGUAAGGACUCAUGUAGUUGAUCGUACGGAUGGUCAACUAUGAGCGUGUUAAGUAUUAGUCACAAGUAAUUGGAGAAACUAAAA